CGGGAACGACAUUGCCUUCUGCGCGCCCUCCACCAUUGUUGCGUCCCCAGCCGCCCUCUGCUCGUGCCCCAGCGCGCUCCAAGUCCACCUCUGAGCAAACGUCUCUGCCAACUUCGCCAGUCCAGCCGACCCCUGGCAAGCCCCUGCUCUGGCAAAGUUGGGCUACUUUCCCUCUCCACGCAGCACCCUACCUGCCUCUCAACCAAACACAACCCAGAAGCAACAGCAACAACAACAUCACCCGGCCCCCGAACCCGAGAAACCUCUCAUUGCACCCCCAUUCCCCUACCUACCCGGCACCUUGGCCCCACCCUCCGUAAUCGCCAUCUUCAACAACACCCCCUCCGGACCCCCCCUCACAAACCCCAUCUUCCCCAUCCCCCCCUCCUCCCUCACACCAGCAGUCUUCACCUCAUCCCUCAGCCCCUCCCAAACCCUCCUCUUCACCAACCCCGACGGCCCCCCCGGCCCCCCCCCGUUUCCUCCCACCAGACAGCCUCACCCCGGAAACCGACCCGAGCACCUUCCGUGCCUGUGACUGCGUCCUCACCCUACUAUGGUUAUACAGCCCCCAACUAGCACUCGACUUUUUCGGCCCGACAGCCCCAAUCACGACGCCAAUUUAGAGGUAUUCGACGGCCGGGUGCAAGAGCACUGGGUGAAAAAGGAGACACCGGGAGGGGGGUUGCGCCAGGUGUCGCAGUUUGAUGUUUGCAGGGUUGGUGAUGAAGUGACAAUCGGCUUCCGGACUCAGUCCAGCAAGAGAAUGUGUCGCUACAGGGCCAAAAUCUUGCGUGAUACGGGGUUAUGGACUAGCAUUGACGCCAAGGACGAGGUUGUUUGCGCUGAGCGGGAGGAGAAGGAAAAAGUAGAAAGAUUUGGGGCUAUUGUUGGAAGAGAGUUGCUCUUGACUAGGUUUUGGUACCGGCAGCCAUAUUAUGAGGUUAGGAUUGAGGUUGAUGGGAUGAUGAUUGCUUAUACAUGGAGUGCACGCUCAAGCCUAUCACUUCACGGCGACGAACAAACACUGAACAGCGGCAUUACCCUUGCCCUUGCCCUUGCCAACUUGAAGCUGUUGGGCACCGGCACCAACGAGUCUAAGAAGGUCAUUGAUAGCACCAUUAGCAUUGCCCUUGCCCUUGCCCUGAGCCUGACCAACAAUGACAAGCUGGAGGAGCUGGUUGAGCUGAGCGUUACCGUUGCCGUUGCCGUUGCCUCUGAGGACCUGGCCGAGGAGCAGCUCCAGGAUGUCAUCGACGUCAUCGAUAUCAAGCUCGUCGUCGGAGUCAUCGACCCGCACGACACGGUUGACUCUGCCGCCGCCAAUCAAGUUGAGAAGUCCGCCAAGGUUCAGGUUGUUGUUGCCGGCGCCGAGGUUGAGGCCAUUCCCUCCGAUUCCGAUGAGCCUCAAGAGAUCGUUGAUGUUGGCAUUGCCUCCUCCAAUAAGCUGGAGCAGAUCCUGAAGACGGAUGUUGCUGUUAUUCUUGCCCUUGCCUCUGUUGUUGUUAUUGUUGUUGUUCUUCUUUCCCCUUGCAGGCUCGGUGCCGUUGACGAUAACAACAGGCGUGGCUGUAGCGGUUGCCUCGGUGAUGGUGGAGAUGAUCUCCUCGAUCUCCUCGGUUGCGGUAGGAGUCUCGGUUACUACCACCUCUGUCUCCUCAACAGCUGUGGUCUCGGCGACGGUCUCGGCGGCGGUCUCGGUGACCACCACAGCCUCGGAUGUGACAGUAACAACAACAGCACCAUCCUGAGGAGCAGGGACAGCCUGAACUGCUUGACCGAACAAAAGAGUGGAUGCCAGAACGGCGUGUCUCCAGGACAAUGUGAUGGCCAUUUCGUCUGA